AACCACUCGUGAAUCUUCUCCAGAAGUACAACAAAACUUUUCCUUUACCAAAAAUGAACAGGGAGCAGUAAUAGAGCCUUUUGUUAAUCUUGCUGAAAAAGCAAUUUAUGAAUUUCUGGUUAAAAAUAAAUCAGUCAUUCCUCUAGAGGUUGUCGAAAGAUUUGUGACUAAACAGCAUUCUCCUGUUAGCACAGAUUUUAAUAAUGCAGAUCUUCUGUGCAUACUAAAUUUUUUAAUAGAAAAUAUUAAUAUUUUCUUAAAAAAAUCUGUAUUCCACGGCCGAUUUAAAGCCAACCCUGUUGAAUUGCUAACUAAUUUUAAAAUGAACAUAAGAAAUAAAUUGGUACAUGGGAUCGUGAUUAAUAAAAGGUUGCUGAAGCGAUCAUAUGCUUCAGCAUGUCAGAAUAUUAGCGUGCAAAGUGGUAAUUAUGAAGAUGUAUCUGCUAAAAAGGAAAAUGUUGAUAGAGAAAUAACUAAAAGAUGGUUGGAUAAAACACUUGAUAAUAUAGAGAAUAUUGAUACACCACAGAAAAAGAAGGCUGAUGAUUCGAAUUUUGGGGAAAUAACAGAUCUUACACUUGACAUUCUUGGAGAGUUAAAAGAAACUGAGAAGGACGACAAGAAAAAGAUAUUAAAAUUAGCUAUGGACGAAAAUGAAUCCAUAUUACUAUAUAAUACGCUAACAGCUUUGACUAUUUUUGUAUCUAUAGAAUUUGAAGAUGAAGAAUCAAGGAGAAUAAAAAUAAGAGGUGUGUAUGUGUGA